AUGCUUCCUAUCUCCCAUCAUCUCGAGCAAGCUCGGGGCUCACGUACACGUCGAAGUCUGCAGCCACCUCGUGUACACACGGAGAGACCAGCACUGAAACUUGGAGAAGUUUGCGUUGGCUGUAUUGUGUGGCUUCCGUCAAAAGACGUUACUCAACAAACUAUUCGAUGUAUCAACAAUGGCUGCUGUGACCAAGAAGAGCUUAAUGAUGGCGGUCACAACCAUCCUGUGGUUGUCCUCAAGAUCACGCAGAAGAAGGGCUCUGAUGUACUUGGCGACCUCGUUUGUACUGUUGCAUGUGUCACGACAUUCUCUGACACAACACUAUCAAAGUAUGUCUCGAAGCGCCAGUAUAAAGUAUCAUCCAUUCCCAUCUACGAUGCAGAAGCGACUCCAAUUCCAUCGGAAUUAGGUUCAAACCUGAUCCAACUGAGAAUGGAAGAGGGCAGACUGAAGAAACAGUCGUACGUUCGCUUGCAGCACACCUACCAAGUUCCCCUCUCAAUGCUACGGCAAUAUACAUUUCGGAAUUCCAGAGCUUUUAGACAAAGACUCUCAGAAGAUAGCUACAAGACGCUGAUGGGACUACUGGCCCGGACUCCCGAGAAGUAUGAUGUUACAAAAACUCUGCUCGAGACGAAAGAUCGACGAUUGCUGGCUCUGGCGAGAUCGGAACUUCCUCCUGUUCGCCGAACACGGCCAACACAUCAACCAGUACGUCCUGCCAGGAUUGCAUCUCACUCCAAUCACUAUGGAUCCUACGGAACGACAAUGGUAGAUCAGCCAAUUGGCCAAUACCUCCCACCAACGCACACGUAUCAAGGUAGGGGCUACAUUCGGCGAGGAUACACAUCACCAGGUGAUGGAAGCGAAGAAUCGUCGGCUGCCUUCACGUUGGUGGUUGUAAUAAUAGUUAUUGGCUUGUUAUUAUGGCAAGGGACAACUUUGAAGGUCUGA